GAGGCGCUGCUCGGCAGUACAGCGGAAGAAAAUGGCGGCCGUGGCUGCAGAGCCAGGAGCUGCGGCGGUCCCGACAACAACAAUAACCGCGACGACGGACGACGAGGGCCCUCCACAACCGGGCCCGGCCGGUCCGGGACUCCCAGGAGCCCCGCUGGAGACCGACGUGCCCCGGGAGUACGGUCCGGCUGUAGAGCCAGUCCUCCCCCGGGUGGAGGAUGGAGGGGACGGGGAGGAGCGCCGCCAUGUCAGGCCGGAGCUGGAGCCCGCGGCGGGAAAAGCUCUCCCGGAGACGGCCGUGAACGACGAUCUGAUCAAUAACUUCCCGGGGGACCGGGUCAGCAUGGACCGGUUCUCGCCCAUGGACCCAGAGGGCGGCGGGAACGUGUACCGCAGCAUCCUAGCGGACACGCAGCCCUCCGCCGUCUUCCUGCACUCCUUCCCGGCCCCCCCGCCCGUCACCGAGGCCGGGCUGUCUCUGGCGGAACCGGCGGAACCGACCACAAACGUGACGACGGACCGGGCUGAGACCGCGGGCCGAGACCGAGGCUACACGGCUCUGGUCCAACCGGAGCUGAGGCCCGGCCCUGCGGAGGACGCCAUGUUGGACGGUACCUCGGAUCGGCUGUCGGUCCCGGACAGCCUGGACCCGGAGUCACAGUACUCAGCGGGGACCGAGGAGCUGCCGGGCCGCGACCUGCGGGACUCCCCCCCGCCCUGCUGGUCCCCUAAGAGGCGGCUGAUGACGGACACGGUGAAGCAGGAAGAGGCCUCCCGACCGGAGCCCGGACCCGAACCAGGUCUCGGUGCUCCACCGCUCACCUCCAUGCAGGAUCUGAGUCCCGGGUCUGAGGUCCGGGUCUCCCUGGACCACGUCAUCGAUGACGCGCUGGUGGUGUCCUUCCGGCUGGGUGAGAAGGUGUUCUCCGGGGUUCUGAUGGACGUCUCCAAGAGGUUCGGACCGUACGGGAUUCCUAUCACAACGUUCCCCAGACGGGAUGACCGGACUCGACCUCAGGUGUCUGUGCAGUCACAGCCGGUCACCAGUGACGACCCGUCCACCAAACGGGAAGAGGUCAUCGGCAGCCCUGCCCCGCCUCACCCCUGGACCUGCAAACCGCCACCGCUGUUCCAGGAGGGAGCGCCAUACCCCCCUCCUCUGUUCAUCAGGGACACCUACAACCAGGCCUUACCUCAGCCGCUGCCACGCAAGAUCAAACGGCCAAAGCGGCGCUACCGCUGUGAGGAGCCAACCUCCAUCAUGAACGCAAUUAAGCUCCGCCCCCGCCAGGUGCUCUGCGACAAGUGCAAAGGUGUGGUACCGUCAGGCGGGCACAGGGAGGCACGGCGGGGCACGGUGGACCUAAGAGGUGAGGAGGCGUCACGGCGGCGGCGACAAGCUGAAGGACCAAUCUCCCUUGAGGUCAAACGUCUGAGGAGCGAUGACAAAGGACGUACCUCCACCGAGAGACGCUCAUCAUCAGGGAUACGUGUGUCAUCUUCAUCAUCAUCUGCCUCUCGCCGUGUCCUGAGGGGCGUGGCUUCAUCUUCAUCCUCGUCGCAGUCCUCAUCCAGCCGCAUGUGUCUGAAGCUGAACUCUAAGAAGGUUCUGGCCAAAGGUUCUGCUGUCGAUCGCUCCAAAGCGCGGCAGGUUCUCAAGAAGCUAGCGAGGAGUUCUCAGCCGCCACCGCAGCCUCAUCGUCGGCCCAAAGACCACAACCAGAAUCAGAACCAGAGCCAGAACCAGGACCGCACCAAGGCUGUGACCCGUGCUGCUGCCCUGCAGAACCACAACCAGAAGGUCCACUUCACUCGCCGCUUGCAGCAUCUCAGUGGCGCCACCGUCAGCUCGCCGCUUCCGCCCAGAAUGCGCCUCAAACCUCAAAGGUAUCGUACCGACGACAGCCAGGCGCCCUGCUCCUCCUCGUCCUCCUCCCCACCAAAACAGAGCUCUCGCUUGUCUCCUCCCAAACUUGUUUUAAGCCCCGCCCCCACAUCGAGCCCAGACCCACCCUCUCCCUCAACCAGCUCAGCUCCUCCCCCAACAUCCUCCUCCUGUGCAGCCAGUGUAGCCGUAGAGGAGGUCUGCCCUCCUGAGGAGGAGGAGGAGCAGGAGCAGGAGGAGGGAAGAGAUGAUGGGCAGGUGGUAGAGCCUCCUCCCUCCUCUUCCUCCUCCUUGGACUCCUCCCACUCAGAGUGCAGCUCCUCAGAGACCUUUGACCUUCCCCCUCCUGGAGACCCGCCCUCCUCCUCUGCUCCUGCUCCCCCUCCCUCCUCCUCGUUAGGGCCUCAGUGUCCCUCCCCCACCGUCACCCCCCCCUCCAGGGCAGAUGGUGAGGAGUCGCAGGCUGCUGGCGAGCAGGAGGAGGAGGAAGGAGGUGAAUUGAAGAGGCGUCGUAAGUCUUCCACAUCCUCCUGCUCCUCCUCGUCCUCCUCGUCCUCCUCCGUCUUCUCCAAAUUGGUGUCCAAGUGUUCGCUCCCUGACGGCAGGACAGUUUGCGUCGGUGACAUCGUCUGGGCGAAGAUCUACGGAUUCCCCUGGUGGCCGGCCCGCGUGCUCGGUAUCACGGUGGCGAGGCGCGGCGACACGGGGCUGGCGGUGCGGCAGGAGGCGCGCGUCUCCUGGUUCGGCUCCCCUACCACUUCCUUCCUGCCGCUCACCCAACUCUCGCCCUUCCUGGAGAGCUUCCAGUCCCGCUUCGACAGGAAGAGGAAGGGCCCGUACCGCCGCGCCAUCGCCGAGGCCGCCAGCGCUGCCAAACAGCUGACGCCUGAAGUCCGGGCGCUGCUCACUCAGUUCGAGACGUAGCAUCAACAGCAGCCACAAACACCUCCCCGUCCCCUCCCCACAUGCCACGCCCUUUUCAACUAUGCCCUGCCCACAACAGGAAGUGGCAGGAGCUUGCUCCCCAUAGACUGAUACCUGUCUGUCUGUCAGAGACUGACGCAGACAGACAGACGAUGUUCAUGUUUCUGUUUCCUGUUCUGUUCUUCCUGUUUGGAGGAGGGGGCGGAGCUUCUGAGUUACCUGUCAGUGUUCAGGGGAGCACUGGGCGGGGCUUAUCUCUGCAGUCACCUCCCCUGUCCUCACAGAGGUCCUCAGUUUCAGGCAGGUGACCGUCAGCGACUGCGUUUCCAUCGCCUCGCCGUCACAGCGACGCCAUCCCCCUAUGAUGUCACAGUUAUGUAAUCUGUGUCAUACUGAAUGCUACAUCAUGAUGAUGUCACAGGUUUACAUCAGUAAUAAUGAAUCAACCAAUAAGAAUAGGUGACGUAAAGAUAAACACUAAGCUGACAUUUGCUAAGCUAGCUGUUCUAGCUCCUGAAUCAGACUGUAAUCGUGUAGGUUCGGAUUUGAUGCUGUCAGUCCGACAUGUUUGUCUCUCUGGCGGCGGCGGAGUGAAACGCUGUGACACGCUGACGUGUCACUUCCUGUUGUGUUGGUUCUCCUGGUUCCUUUGGGUUCUGCUGAGGAACGCCCACAGGAAACAUUUAUUUUAUUUUCACAGACGCUUUGUUUCCGUUUACAAAAAGAUUAAAACUGUGAAACACAAAGUGUUGUCCAAACUGAGGCCGGGGUUCCCAAACAGGGUCCAGACCGCCUGAGGGUUUAGUUUUAUCAUGUGAUUGUGUCUGUCUGUCCUGAUUGGUUCCUAAAGUCAGGGAUCCACCACAGUCCACAGGAUCCUGAUGUGUGAUCAGUAAUCGAACUUUCUGAUCAGUGUCAUUGAUUAGAGAAAAUUCUGCUGCUGUUUAAAAAGACUUAGUUUGAAGCUCGGAUGUUUUAUGCAGACGAUGUCGCUGACGUCUUGCUCGUACUGCGUUUGAGACCCUCAAGCCUCAUUUUGUCAACACUAGACGGACAGGUAGGACAGGUAGGACACACUGACUGUUAGACAGGACAGCUGCUCUGCUCUCAUGACGAAGACGACGAUGAUGAAGGUGGAUUUUCCCUCUCUGCUGUCUAGUUUCAGCUGUCAGACUCUUUUUACCGUCUGUUUGCAGAUCAGAGAUCCUGAACUAAAACUGUUGAUCCGUCUGAGUCGACCUGUGUACAUGUUCUUUUUUCUGAUGUUUUAAAUCUAUUAAAAAACUGUCAAACUUC